AUUGUAUUUUAUUUUGAAAAGUUGUUAUUGUUACUACAAAUUUAACUUUAAAACACUAACUAGUUGGAAUUGCUGCCAAAGAGAAAAAUCUAAUACCAUAAUUUUUCACUGAUCACAUUCUUCAGAGGCUAAAGAAUUAUAGAGGUGUUUAUGUACUUUGAGAAUAGACAUUUUCUUGGAAUGUUAUUGUAAUAUUUUACUUUGCUAUGGAUGUAUUAGGUGUACAGAGAUUUUUUUUUAUAGUGUUUGCUUUAUGCCAGGACCUGCCAACUGAUCCAAGGCAGCUAUAAAGUUUCAUCUUACUGGUUCUUGCCAUCACUCCAGAAAGUGGCUCAGAGUAGCAGGAAUGAGUUUUUUAGAAAGAAUAGGAAAAGUAAAAAGGGGAUACUCCCAAGAGAGUAGAUUCUUUCAGAGAAAAGAAGGAUUGCAUGCUCUUUCUUCUCUCCAAUUUUAUUGGGAAUCCCAAGUAAGUUUCCAGAGUCUCACCCAGAUCCAUUCUCUGACUUUUGACUGACAAUGGGAUUGCAUCAGAGUUUCAAGCCCCCACUGUCCAUGGCAAAGAUCCAAGACAACUCUGGGUCACAUUAGCCCAUGCAUACAUGUUCUAACUGGAACCUAUUCUGACAAAUUUUUAUAGUUAAGGGGAAUUAUCCUUUUGUCCCUGAGUUCUGGAAUCUAGUCUGUAUAGAGUCACAAAAGUCCCCCUCUUCAGGAUAACCUAUCAGCAUUUCAGAGCUGCAUUUCUCCUGCAGACAAAUGUGUGGUAGCCCAUGCCUGUGAUCUCAGCAAUUUAGCAAGGCCGUAGCAUCAUAUUGAGACCCUGUCUCAAAAAUAAAAAAGGGCUGGAGAUGUAGCUUAGCGGUAAAGCACCACUGGGUUCAAUCUCCAUUACCAUAAAUAAGCAAGCAAGCGUGAAGGAGUCAACACAGAAGGUCCACUUUAUAGAAUUAUUCCUUUAACUUCAUGUUCCCACUACUCGUGACUGUCUGUUACCUAUCAGAACUACUAAUGAUAGUGUUAUUCCUAUUUACACUUUCACUGGUUUCAAGAAAUACAUGAAAAACACAGGUGAGAAGAGUAAAAGAGAUGGUCAAAUUUUUCAUUAUUAAUUUUUUUAAAAUUUAAGUAUAAUAGCUUUGUAGGAUUUUUAUAUUGAGUUUUGAAUCCUUGAGUAACACAAGUUUCUCCCAACUCCACCUACUGAAAAUACAAACAAAAGCAGAGUGACUAUAAUUGCCCAUAUUUAAGAGUAUAUUAUAACGGAUAAUAGAGGCGGAUGCCAAAGCAUGGUAUGGGAGUAACCAGGAAGUGAGAGCUGAGACUGGAGGAGGAUGGAUCAAGCCCAGGCGACUGUGGGAAGGCUUGGGGAAACACCUGAAUAUGUGGAAUCCCAGUGCCGGGCACCCAGGGCCAAAUCCACAUCCCCCCAACUUGGAGUACCCUGGAGGUUCCAAUCCUGGGUAUCCACCAUAUCCACCACCUGUCAAUCCAGCUUUUCCUCCUGGUCCCUGUCCCCCAGGUCUUCCCCAGGGGAUGCCAUGUCUUCCUCCAAAUGUUUCCCCUUAUCCUGUUCCACAACCAGGAUAUCCAGGACAUCAACCCUCAGGUCACUAUCCUCCUCCAUACCCACCACCUGCCCCUGGUAUGCCUCCUGUGAACCCCAUGGCUCCUGGCAUGAUAGGCCCAGGAAUGAUAAUGGACAAGAAGAUUCGGAAGAAAAUGAAGGAAGAUCAUAAAAAGAUGCACAAACACCACAAGCAUGGCAAGCAUUCCUCCUCUUCCAGCCGUGACUCUGACUGAAUACAGGGCCUGGACCCUCCCCUCAAGUCUCACCAGUUCUGCUGUCCCAUCAAGCUACAGCUGCCGUGUUGUACUGGGAGAAUUUAGCCCUUGUGCCCCUCCAUCCGGUCCCCACCUGAGCCUUACCCUGCUGUUCAGUCCUGACUAGCUAGGGAAAAUGGGAAGAGAAUUGCAAUGGGCUAGCAAAGGCAGCCUUCUCACUGCUUAAUAGAUUUUAUAGCUGAAAAGUUUAGCAGGGAAGCUGCUUUUUUGAAGAUGGUGAGACCUCUGAGCUAAAUGCUGAAGACAAGUAUAAAUUCUGUAAAAUGUGAUCUUUUAAAAUUUCAUUUUAAAAGGUGGGUUUGUGGAAAUUUCACUAUGAUGAAAAAACUGUACAUUUUUGUAAUGAUGGCACACUGGGGUGAUUUAGUGGCAAAUAUAUUUCCCAGCAGUCCUUUUAUUGAUUGUACUAACAGCAAGGCUGCUGGGAAGUAGAGUCCACUUGGCUGAUGAUCUCCGACUGCCCUUUUGUAAGCUAAUCUCUACUCCUUAACUCAAUAUGCUAUCUCAGGUCCUACUCUCAUUCUUCAACUCUGGGUCCAAAUAAAACUAUUUCUCCUGGAAAAAAAAAAAAAGAGUAUAUUAUCCCCACCUACCAAAUUAAUUCAGCCCUCUUGUAAAUUUCCCAAAUAUUUCUAUGACUCUUUAGUGGUGUCUCACAUGUGAUCAAAAGCAAGUCUGCUUUCUGAGCAUCCCACUACUAACACAACACUUAUAAUAAUAAGAGUUAUUAUUAAAUCUUUGCCAUUUGUUAUUUACCUGGAUUUUUAGUUCUGAAGAAGUCCACCAGCCAACUCAGAACCCAUACAGUGUACAAGUUACGCAGUAUCAGGGUCGGUAGUCCUAGGAAAAUAGUAGAAAAGACCUACUACAAGGAAAGGGAAUUAGUCUGUUCUUUUACAUAAAUUUCAAGCACCUAGAACUUAUCCUGAUGCAGACAUAGCUUUAAAGAACACAAAAAUCAACUUCUGAAAAGAGACAAGAUGAAUCUAAGAGUUUUAAAAGCCAGAAAGAAAUAAGGCAAGCAGGCCCCAAACUGUAGAAAACAAACUCACUAGAUUUAGUACAGUUGUUUUCCAACCAACGAUGGUGCUAGCCCUGCCUCCAGUGCAUUAAUAAGCUCUAAGAAAUAUUCUAAGAUAAAAGAAGCUUUCUUUUUCUUCUUAGCCCUAAACUGCUCUGGACUAUAAUUCUGUCCAUUCUUAAUUCUAUUGUUAGACUUUUGGGUUUUUUUUAAAGUUACUGUAUUAUAUUGACAUUUUUCUAUAAAGGCCAAACACCAUUGAAAGGUUCUUAUUUUGGUAUGAUAAUAUUUAAUUGUUUGGAAUCCAAACUGUUGAUUUAUUAUGAACAUUUCCUAAUAAUUAAUGUUGCUGUUACGUUUAACUCCAAAAUGUACCUUCAGUAUAGCCGUAAACAACAACAAACUAUAAGCAGGUAUAGACAAUUCAAGAAAUGUGCCAGUCUCUACUGUUUACCCUUUUAUUUGAUAGCAGUGCUUUAUAUCAAACUGAGAACAAUUUUUUGGUUUGUUUUUUUUUUUAAGCAACAUGCAAAUUUAGGUUUGUUACUCUUAGAGAUCCAAGGUGAAUGGUUUAGAAUGCAGAGGUAGAAUGUGGGAGAAAAGAAUUUAUAACUAUUUUAAUGGAAAUUUGCGCUAGGACUUUAGCAAGGAAAACAAGUACAUUUCUCCUACAGCCUUUUGAUAUUCUGUGUAGGUUGGCUCUCACUUCAUUCUUUCUCAUAGCCUUUUGCUAAUGAAUGCAAAUGUUAUAUAUAAGCUUCUGCAGGAAACUCUGCAGGAACACAAAGCAGGGUCAUAGGAGAAACUCUGCUCUGUGUUUAAAGCAAGGAAGAGAAAUUACUCAAGAAUGUCAGCAAGCACAGAACCCUGUCUAAGUUAUCACACAUAUGGGUAGAGAGUGACAGUUCUCUUCUUGUCAUAUAAAAAGGAUAGAAUCUGGUUUUUAAAUUCUAUAUGAUUCAGUCUCUCAGUUCUUGGUCUUAUCUAAACCUACCAUAAUUUUGACAAUGUGAAGUAGAAGAGUAAGCCAUUACAUAUUUAGAUUAAGUUGGCUUAAAAUUUGUCUUCAUUUAUUGGACCUUUUAUCUAAGAAGAGGAUAAUUUAUUAGUAUAGUAAAAUUAUAGAAGUGGUACUUCAGAUACCUGAGAGUUAACAACUGUAUCUGAAAAGCAUUCAUUUACAAAUAUUAAGUGUAUAUUAAAAUACAUUCCCCAAAUUACAUUUUCACACACUAUAUGGAACAUAAUACUGUUGGGAUUCCUAGUUCCUUUCUUUAAAAAGGCAAAUUUUGGAAUUCAGAGAUGUUAAAUAACUUACUCAGCAUUAUACAGCUAGUUAGUGGCAGAGGUAGAAAUGGAAUCUAAAUUUCUUGAGACUAACAGUCCACAAUUCUCUGCUAUCAUCAUGAAGCCAAGAUAUUAUAUGUCAGAAGAGUAGUAGCACUAUGGGCUGGAGUGGUCAGAGGUUUUUAUGAAGGUGCAAUUUUAGCUAUAAUUAGAAGAAUGAGUGAGAUUUAGAUGGGAAAAGAUGAGGUGUUAAUCCAAAUAGGGAACACUGAAUGAUCAAAAAUAGAUAAGUAGAACCAAAUAAAUAUAAAGAAGAAGAAAUAAGUAUCUACUCAGAUCAGUUCAAAUGAUUAGAACAGGAAGUUCUAGUAGAAGGAUAAUGCAGGUAAAUAUACUAAAAAUUUGAGGCCAUAUUUUGAAAGGCUUUGCAAUCCAGGCAGAACUAUCCAAUUCUGUCAAAAUUGAAGCUUUUUUUUUUUUAGCAAAAAUGACAUAAUAAAUGAUUAUUUUAGAAAGAUAAUUGAACUGAGAUGUAUCACAUGAGCUAUGAUGAAGGGGACUGGAAAUAAGACCAAUACAAUUUAUUUAUUCACUGUUUUUUCAGUCACCAGUAAGUACUGAUUCCUCUGAGAAUCACCUGGAGAUCUUAUUGAAAAUGAUGAUUGUGAUUCACAAAUCUGUGAUGGGUUAAGAUUUUGCAUUUCUAACAUGCUUCCAGUUGAUACCAAACUGCUGAUCCAUUGAUUGCAGGAAGAAGCAAAGAUAUAAUAAAUUCAAUCAUGUGUUUACCAUGAAUUCUAAGCCAACUCAUAUUGAAGAUACAAAGUUGAAAUAAAUAAACAUAGAUCCUACCACUAAGAAAUUAUAGCCUAAUAGUAAAAAUAUUUUAGAAAGUUCCCCAGCACUUAAUAUCAUAUUUGAAAGUAAAAUUAAAAAUAAAAAGAUUAGCCAGGGCCUGGUGGGGCAUGCCUGUAAACCUGACAGCUCAGGAAGCUGGGGCAGGAGGAUCACAAGUUCAAAACCCGCCUCCACAACUUAGCAAGGCCUUGAGGAACUCUGCAAGACCCUGUCUCUAAAUAAAAUACAAGAAAAAGCUGGGGAGUGGCCCAGUGGUUAAGUGCCCCUGAGUUCAGUCCCCACCAAUAAAAAAGAAAGAUUAAAUUAACAGAAAUUGUGACUUUUACCACAGAAUGAUGUCAGCUUUGAUUUAUCUUCAUCUGAAUAACAAUACUUUGUUGAAAUGGAAUCUAUAAACACAAACUAAAUGCCCACAAAACCAGCUAUUAGGCCUCUUGCCACAAUUUUUAUAUCCCCCUCUAGCAACAUUCUUUCCUCAUCUUUAUUCUCCAUUUGCAGUCUGUUUCUUUUGACUUUUAAAUAAUUCUUCCUAUGCUUAUUCCCUAAAAAUAACUCUUCCCAUGGCUCACCAUUAAUUUUCUGUCCUUCUGUUUCUUUAUGCCAAGGACUCCCAAAUCUUAUGUCCCUACCCUGAAUGUGAAACUAGUCAAGCACAGAUAUUCCAAAUUGUCACAGAUUUUUGUGAGUUUAUAUUCUUUCACUGGCCAACCCAUUUCUAGCUGCCUUGAAUAUGGGAUCAUGGAUGUCCUAGUUUUCUUUUUCCUGUGACUGGUUCAGUAACCUACUAGCCUCCUUUUUGUCCUUCUAGGCAGCAUGAGCUAUUACAGGGGCAAGAGUCUAAGACACAAAGGAGGAAGUUUGGAUAAAUAUAUAAGUACAGAGUACUAUAUGUGCCAGCUAAUAGAGUGAGGCCAGAAUUUACUCAAGAUAUUGGUCAUUUGGACAUAUGUGCAUCUCUGAUUAUUUUUGGGUUUUGGGUUUUGGGUUUUGGUUUUGGUUUUGGUAACAGGGAUUAAAUUCAGGGGCACUCAACCACUGAGCCACAUCCUCAGCCCUAUUUUGUAUUAUAUUUAGAGACAAGGUCUCACUGAGUUGCCUAAUGCCUCCUAGUUGCUGAGCCUGGCUUUGACUCAAGAUCCUCCUACCCCAGCCUCCUGAGCCCUUCUAUAUAGGCUUGAAGGUGAAGACAGCACUCUGUUAGGUAAAGCAGAUUGGGCCAGCAAAAUAGAGAGGCUCAAAACCUCAAUGUUUGGAAAUCUGGGUCUUGUAUCCUGAACUAUGCGGCAUUCUCUUCCCUAUACAGAUCAUAUUAAAGACCUCACCCCAUUUUCUCUCAUUGGCUGCCAGAUGAUACCUGAUUAGAAUACUUUCCAGUUCCCCCCAUUGUUUACUUUAGAAAACCUAAUUAGAAUACUGCCAUUUUACUCCCAUUGGUCAUUUUAAAAUUUGAACCUAUGGCAGGAGUUGUAAUGGUAAUAAGUCCUCAGUUGUCAUGAUAAUGGGAUUUAUUUUAAACAGGGAUAGGACUGUCUCCUUGUCUUUUCCAACAGCAGCUUCUUUCUAAUACUCUGUUUCUGCCAUCUGGGUGUCUCUGAACUGAACAAAAUGAAUCCCUGAAAAUUGCACAACGCAAAAGUUUUGUGACUGGGAUGACUUGUUUUAUAUUUCUGAAUCUUAGGGGAAAGAAAGAAGUGUAAAUUAAAAUGGAUUUAGAAGGCUAUUUUAAAUAUUGGGGAGCUUCUCUCGGGCUUAAAUCUUACACAUUUACCUCUUUAAUGUAACAAGUGGUAAUCAUGCUCCAAAUAUACAGAAUCCACUUGAGGAACUUUUUUAAAAAUAAAAUUCAGCAUUAAUUGAGUUUAAAUCAUUCCUAAAACUGUGACGAUUGAGUUGUGUUUCUACUUCAGCUUUGAUACAGCUUACCAAAUGCUGACUUGGACCUUGUAGCCUUUCAAGACCUAAAGAACUGGGAAAUUUUAAAAAAGGGUCCCCCUUCUGAAAAACAAAAGCCUGCCCCACUCAAAUCAUUCUUGGUUUGCUUGCCUCUGUUAUAGUCUUGUGUUCUGAAUUUGAAUUGCUUGCUCUCAACGUUGCCAAUUUGUGAAGCUGCCUCUUCACAUUAAAGCAUGAAGUAGAAGAUUAACAAGUACUGAGAUAGCAAAUUGAGUUCUUACAAAACUAGCACAUUUAGCAGAAAUUACCAAGAUAGACUUAACAGUAUGGUGAUUACAUGGGCAAAGCCCAGGACUUUACAAUUUCCAAUUUUUGAACCAAAUGUGUCCUAACUUCUUAGUGCUUAUUUCCUAAUGUCCUUAAAGGAAUUUUCUAAUCAUCAAAGAGAAAUUAGACUUUAAUUUAAUUGGUCAAUUGGUCUUUAUAACUGCCUGCUUUCCUUAUGGAAUAAACACCCUUUUGUGCUCAAAAUGCAAAAUUUUAAUUUUUAAAUCAAAAUAAUAGAUUUAUUUUCUGAUCACUUUGUCAGCAAACGUCUCUCAUUUUCUUUUGAUUAACAAAGAAUAUUCUUCCUACCUUAACAAACUUAUGUUUAAUGUUGAGAUUCUUCAUACUAUGAAAGAUUUUUUUAGUGGCUAUUACAGUUGCCUUUCUUAAUCCUUAAAAAAAUGCUAUUAUAGUUGAUAUUUCCAUUUCUUCUAAUAAUAACCUCUAGGUAUUAUUGUACCUCUAGAAAUUAUUUUCCUACCCUCACCUCAUAAAAAGUAAUAUCCUCAAGAAAGCCUUUCUUAAUUGUCCCAAACCAAUUCUGAUCAUUCUGUCUCACCAUUUGUAUUUUCAUUUUAAUUUUUUAUAUAAUUGAAUUUAAUUAAUGAUAUUAUUUUUGCUUAUUCAUUUUUAAAAUUUUUUUCAAAUGUUGUUUACACUAGUUUGUUAAUUUUCAAACUGGAGGGCUGGGAUUGUGGCUUAGCGGUAGAGCGCUCCCCUAGCACAGGUGGGACCUGGGUUUGAUCCUCAGCACCACAUAAAAAUAAAGGUACUGUGUUGUGUCCAUAUACACCUAAAAAAUAAAUAUUAAAAAAAAGUUUUUUAAAUAAAAAAUUUUAAAAAUAUUUUUUAAAAAUUCAAACUGGAACCAUAUUCUCUUUUUUUUCUUUAUAUGACUCUUUAGCACAAGAACAUCUAUCGGAAUUGAUGAAGGGCAAAAUGAUGACUAUAUAUAGUAUAGUUUUAUUCCAUACAUGAAGUAGACACACAGAAAAUUUUGUAAUUGAGGAAUUUAUCCUUGACCUUUGAAGAAUUAAUAUAUAUCCUAAGCUUUUUUGUUAUCUUCAAAUGAUUAACUGUCAUUGUUCCUUUUUUUUUUUUUUUUUUUUGGAACUGGGUAUUGACCCAAAGAUGCUCUACCACUGAGCUUCACCCCCAGCCCUUUGUAAUUAUUUUGAGAUAGGGUCUCACUAAACUGCUGAUGCUGUCCUUAAACAUGUGAUCCUCCUGCCUCAGCCUCCCAAGUAGCUGGAAUUACAGAUGUGUCACCGCUCCUGGUUCACCAUUCCUUAAUCUACAAAUCCUAGAAUUUUUCUCACCAUUCAACUGUCAUCGUCACUCAUCUUAAAAUGAUACAACUUACAGUUGAUGUAACAGAUGAAACAGAAAACUAAUUAGCAGCUGUUGUCCAUCUGUGUGUUUAUAUUAAAUAUUUUAAAAUAAAAAAUGCAUUUGCAUUCUGAAUAUGCUGUCUGAAAUUUACAAAUCCUAAACUUGGGUAAAUGCUCUGUCUUGGUUUUGGAUUUUGCAGCAGACUAGUAGUAAAGCAAAAAGAAAUAUAUGCCAGAAUCAGGAUUAUAGUCAUUUAAGGCAGAUUCAAAUUUUAAAAAGCAAAAAACUCUUAAUGAAGUAGGGCCCCCUAUGCAAUCAGACUUGCUGAUUUGCAAAGCAAAAAAAAAAAAUGGUCUAUAGUCUCUAAAACACUAUACUCUUCCUUCACAGAAACUGAUUAGUCCAUAUAGUUUUGAGAAAGCCACAUUCAUUCUCUGAUACAUUUAUUUUGAGAUAUACUUCUCCUUUCUCUUUUUCUAACUAUUAAGUUUAUACUUCUGUGACAUGGGGACUGACUUAGAAUUCUAGGAAGGUUGUUACUUUUGUUUUGUUUUUAAAUAUAUAUUUUUUUAGUUAUAGUUGGACACAAUACCUUUAUUUUAUUUAUUUAUAUGUGGUGCUGAGGAUCGAACCCAGGGCCUCGCAUGUGCUAGGCGAGCACUCUACCGCUAAGUCACAACCUCAGCCCAAGGAUGUUUUUACUUUUGUUGGUAGCCAUCUCCCAAGUUGAAAAUUAAUGGCAUGGCUUUAGGAAAAAAAAGAUACUUGUAUUUUUUUUCCCCUUCACUUAAGUCAAAUAAUGGAAUGGAAUGCCCCUAAUGUUCACAAAGUGAGAAAAAAAAGAGUUUGAUCUAAAAGAUAGUAUCAUAUUGCAAUGCUCAAAUCAGUUUAUCCCUCAAUGCUUCAGUCUUGAUGUGCAAAGAGAAUAGUGUUUAUGUAACUUUUAUUAUUUCUAUAGACUUACAAUAUCUUAAAAUUAAAAGGAACUUCUAUUAUCAACUAGUCCAGCCUUUACUCAAUAGAGAAAUUAAGAAAAAUCCCUUCCUGGUAGCCAUCAGGUUUUUGUUUUGAGGUUUGUUUAUUUAUUUGUUUGUUUGUUUGUUUGUUUGGUACCAGGGAUUGAACUCAGGGGCACUUAACUACUGAGCCAUAUCCCAUGCCCUUGUUUUAAUUUGUUUUUUAAUGAAAAGAUUGCAUUUCCUCAUGAGGCAGCACAUUCUCUUGUUGGGUGACUAUCUAGAAAGGAAGAUUUUUCAUGACACUGAGCCAAAGUCUUUCUUCCUGUUUCUUCCAUCCAUUAGUCCUAACUCUGCCCUUUGAAGCAAUACCAAAUAAAUUCACUCACCCUUUUCAUGAUAGCCUUUCAGAUAUUUUAAUACACAGUCCUGUUUUGCAUUAAUAUCUUCUCAAAGAAGAAACCAUGAUUAUGUAAAUGUUAAGUAGCAUCUUCUGCUCCAUGGUCAGACAGUAUUUUCUACAAUAUUGUUACAAAUGUAAUAACUAACUACUCUUUAUUCCCAAAGCUACUACAGAGAGGUUGACUUGAAUUCAGGGUUCAAUCAACACCUUUACAGAGUGGCCACAGUGUACAAAGAUUUGGCAGUUUAGUCACCAAGCCUAAACGAGAUGAGAUGAGAUGAGACCAUCCUAUAAGACAGAUAUACUUUACAGAUUUACCUUUUAUCACAAUUUGUUGACUCUCUUUAUCCUUUUUUGUUCUUUUGACAUUAAAAUCCAUUUUAACAUUAACAUUGGCACUCCUGUUUUUUACUCAUUAACAUUUGCCUCGUGACUUUUUGCCCUACUUGUUAUUUUCAGUCUUUUAUUUCUUAAGUCUGUCCCUUAUAAAUCAUAUUAAAAUGGGAUUUGAGAUUAAAACAAAAAAUCUAAUUUUUAUUUGCCUUAAAUUACUGUAACUCUAGCAUAAAAUUCUUUUUGCUUUACCCAAAUGUGCUAUAAAUAGUGCCCAUUAUUUUUUUUGCUUCUAUCUUACUUUUUAUUAUGAAUUAUGCAACUUUAUUAUUUCUAACUUUCCUUUCCUCUGUUGUGGUUAGACUCAGACACUACUUGCUAUCCUUUAUCACCUUAUUAUUUUGGAAGUCAUGCUAUAUCUUCUAAUUCCCUUCAUGUUCCCCUUCCAAUUAGUGAUACUCAUAAUCAAAUAUAUAUUUAUUCAUUAUUAUAUAAAAACAAGGUGCUGACUAUAUCGCUCCCACAAGAUGUACUUAUUUCUCUUGUGCACUCCCUGCAUCAAUUAGGCAGUAACAUUAGAGUACUUUUACAUUCCAUCUCCUCCCAAUCUCUCAACUUUUAGGUAAUUCUGAGUAAUGCUUUAUAUAAAUGCUUUAGAAUGUUUUUAAUUCUAGAGUAUUAUUAUAAGUAUUAUUUUAUAGUAAAUCUCUAUAACUUCAGGAAUUCAUAUUUAAAACACAAUUAUAACUACCCAAUUUAUUCAAUCAUUAUCCAUUUAGAUUUAGCUAUAUAUUUUUAUAAAUGAGUGAAUAUGUGUCUCUGUGUGUAUUUCAGUACUGUUUUCUCUCCGUCUAUCUUCCCCUAUCUUGGGAUUUCUAUUUUGAUUGACUUUUUUAUUUACAAUCACUUUUCUAGAACAUUACUUGAUUUGUUAUGUGAAUGUUUGCAUUUUAACAAAUAUUCUUCUAUCCUGACUGGUGAAGGUGUGUGACUGGGUACAGUAUUUGGGGGUUGUACACCUUUAUUCUGAGAGAAAUGUUGAUGUUAAUUUACUAUUUUCCAGUUUUUUUAUAUUAUAGAUAAGAAGCCCAAGGCCAAUAUCAUUUUUCCUUUGUUACUAACCAAUCUUUCUAUCUGGCAGCUUUUUAAGAUUUAAAAGUUAUUCUUAAAAUUACAAAAUUUUAUCAGAACAUGCUUAGAUUUGUAUUUUUUCACAGUCCUUACCUGGACUUAUAGACCUUUUCAUUCUUCAAGUCCAGCUCUUUCCAAAUAAAUGAAAUUUUCCUAUUCCCCCCCCCUCCUUUUUCUCCUUAUUCCUGUUUGUCUUAUAUCAGUCUCUUGCUGUGUCCUCCAAGUUUCUUAUUAUUUUCUGUAUGACUUCCAUCUUUUUGUAUUUUUAUACAAUCCUUGGAGAUACAACACAUGAUCUUCUAGACCACUAAUUGAGUUUUCCAUGGAGACUAUGCUCACCUCUAUCUACUAAAUUUGAAUUUUUUUUGUUUGUUUUAUAACACCCUUCUAAUGUUGAAAUUGAAUAUCCAUUAGUGUUUUUUGUGUUGUUAUAAUUAUUGCUGUUCUUAAAUUAUCUCUUCUCCCAGGCUUUUAUUUCAUUAGGAGCUGUACUAAAUGUUGUGCUUAUUCUUCUAGCUUCCAGUUUUGGCUUCUUAUAUUCACAGUGUUUUCCUUUUUUUAUUGAAAGUCCUGUUUACCCUAAGGGUUCAAGAAGCUGGUAGGGCACUUUGGACCUCAUAUGCAUGCCAUCACAGUGGUAAAGAGGAUCACAAGUGGUAAAAGGUAUCUUACAUAAGGGUCCAGUCUCAUGAGAAUCUUGCUUUUAUUACAUAUCAUAUGCCUGGGGAAAAAAUGCACAAUCACUUCUGAUUAGGGAGGGAAUAAAACAAACAUGAGGAGGUAGAGGUUGUGAUUCUAGCCAGUUCUGCCACUUACUGCUUUGUCUAGAUUUUAAUAUGCUACUUUGCCUAUCUGAAUAUCACUUUCUUUUUCUAUAAAAUGGAUAUAAUAAUACUCAGUUUACUUCAUGGAUUUACUAUGAGGUAAUAAGUGAAGAUCUAGUAUGCAACAUAAAUGAAGUUAUAGAUCAUUUUAAGUGUUGUCAGAUCUGCAUCUGUAGCACCCAUGAUUUUUGACCAGAUCCUCAAACACCAGAGUAUGUAGCAGAAAGUAGAGUGAGAGAGAGGGACAAAUAAGAACAGAGAAGAGCAGGAUCCAAAUAAAAGGCCCAGCUGUGAUGAUGGACAAGAUAACCUUUCCAACUUCAGAGUCAAUGACUUUAUUAAUCUACUGGCCACAGAGUAGAAAGUAGCACUGAGCAUACUCUUUGAAACAUGGUAUAUUAUAGUAAAGAUUAUGAACAAAAUCCCUUCUAAUUUAUUUCUGCAAAUUAGAAAAUUUAUGUGGACAGUUGAUGACUCCACAGUUUUAUAAAAUAGGAAAAAACUUUCUGGAUAAUAUGAAAAUAAUGAAUUUUUGAAAUCACUGAAAAAUAUGUUUAUUUCUAAUCAUCAGCUAAAGAACCAUACUUUAUCCACCUACAAAGACUACUAGUACCCUGAUGAUAUACAUAUCAUUGCUUCUUUGUUUCUAUUGGCUUUACAGCAAUCCUAAUAGAAUUGAUGUUAUAAAUUAUAUAUUUUGAGUUUGAUGAAAUUAGUUAAUGUUUCUUUGUAACUGCAGAAAAUCAUAUUUUGUUGAUAAUAUUCAUUAGCCACUCACCCGAACCACAGUCUACAUGGUGCUUUCCCCACUUACUCCAUUGUUUAUUCAUUUGGCUCAAUUCAAUGAUAAUGUGAUCCAGAAAGGCAAGGAGUCCAGAACUCUGAGCAUCAGGAACCUAUCAUAUGUAUAUCACAUAGUGCUUCCAUACAAUAUAUUGAUUUUGCCUUUCUUUUUCCCUAAAGCAAAAUUAAAAGGAUUAAUGAGAAAUAUGUUCAAAAUACUUGAUUCAAAAAUACUUUCAAUAUACCCAUUAUUCAGUAUGAUUCUUCUUAGAUAUUUGCCCAAACAGCUAAUUUCAAAUGUAUAUCAUGAAUUUUUUUAAAGUUUCUAAUUUUAUACAUAGAUUUUACUUUCAGGGAAUAGCUGGGUAAUUUUGUGGUUGCAUAAACAAUUAACUGAAUGACUCGAAAGGGUCCCUAUAUUGGUAGGAUGGACCUUAUGUGAGCCAUUUUUCAAACUUUUACUUUUGUUCCUUCUUCUUGGGAGAUUACUUCCCAGAGCCAGAACAAUCCCAGUAUACCCUUGGACAUGCCAAUCUAAAGGACAAGGAAAUUUUACUCAUACCCUGUAGUAAAUGAAACUAUUCAAACUCGACGUGGCCUAUCUUGCCCUUUGGACUUUCCACAUGACAUUCUGUGAAUAUAUUUACAUCCCAAUCUAAGAUUUUCUUCUGUUAGUCAUAGGUAUUCUCCAGAAUAAAAACUGCCCAGGUGCUAAAGUUGUAUUUUUCCAGGUUGUUGUGUAUGUUCAUGUGCUUAACUUCUGUUUUAAUCAGCUUUUUUGCUGCUAUGACGAGAAGACCUGACAAAAUUCUAGAGGAGGAAAAGUGUAUUUAGCACUCACAGUUUCAGAGGUCUCAGUCCAUAGAUAACCAACUCCAGUACUCUGUGCCCAAGGUAAGGCAGAACAUCUGAAGAAGGAUGUGGAAGAGGAAAGUUGCUCAGGACAUGACAAUCAGUAAGCAGAGAGACUAAGCUUUGCUCACCAGAGACAAAAUAUGUACCCCAACGGCAUUCUUCCAAUGACCUACCUUCUCCAUCCACAUCUUACCUGCCUACAGUUAUCACCCAGUUAAUCCCUAUCAGUGGAUUAAUGUACUUAUUAGGUUAAGGCUGUCAUGCAAUUAUUUCAGCUCUAAACUUUCUUGCAUUGUCUCCACUUAAGCUUUUGGAGAAUACUUCAUAUCUAAACCAUAACAACUUCUGUCAGUUCGACAGCAAUAGUAAUGGCAACCUCUAUGCUUUCUUUAAAACUUAAUUUGCUCAAGGUACUAUUCUAAGUGCUUUAUAUAUGUUAUGCUAUUAAGUCCUCAUAACAAUUCUAUUAUCCCUACUUUACUUAGAGAAAAAUGAGGCAAAGAGAAGGUAAUCAACUUGUCCAAGGUUUGACAUCUAGCAAGUAGUGGUGCCAGAAUUCAAGUUCAGGCAGUCUGACUCUAGAGUCCAUGGUACUAAUCUCUGUGCUAUGCCACCUACCAACUAGCUUAUCUCAUAAAGUCUAUGAAGGUUGUGUAUUUGAUAGAUAUUAGGUUCCUCUUCUCCCCUCUCUCAUGCCUGUAUAAAAAAGUAAAAUGAUAUUCUUGUUAUAGUUCUUACCAUCUGUAGUCCCUGACUUUCCUUCUUCCUCUCUUACUAAGUUGUGCAUUAAAGUGAAGGGACAUUAAGCUUCACAGUCAUGAGAAAUUUGGAAAAACAUAUGCUGUCUCAUUUAGAGAUCACUUGAUUUCAAAUAACAAUCUGCUGAAGUUAGCUUUACAGAAGAGGGACUUCAAAUAAUGGGAGGAUAGAGAGUUAUCUGAUGGAAUUCAAGAGCAAAAAUACAGCUCAGCCUCAAGAGGGACUAAAAGCAGAAACUAGAAAACCAGAAGCCAGUAUCAUUUCCUUUUCAGAUGACCAUGUUAGAUAUCUAUGGAGGAGAAGGGAAAAGAAGUCAAGUAAUAUAAAGGGAAAUACCAUCUCCUCUAUCUUAGAAGUUCUCAGAAAAACAAGAGACUGAACAUGUAGUCCUCAAAGACACUUUUUCUAUACUCCAUCAGUUAAAGGGAAAUUCUAGGUUCAGGUCACAUUGCCCAGGAACUGUAUUUGGAUUUAAAGUAGUUUAACAGUUCCUUUCAGCUGCGCUCUGCCAUCCAGUCCCUCCUUAAGUUCUAAUUUUGUUUAUUUUCACUUCAUGAAUCCCAAGAUAGGGAUGUUUUACAACCCUCUUAACAUGCAAUAAUGAGGACCUUCAUCUUUUUCAUCUCUUUCCCCAGGCCUUUCAUAUAUGUCAUCAAAGGGCCUGGUGCACUUGCCUUUUCUGCUGACAGUCAAGAAUGUGCUUAGUAUCAAUCCCUAAGAUUCAUCCUGAACUUUUAUCCUCUCAGAAAAGUUCAUUACAGCCUCUGCCUUCCUUAUCCUUUUUCUUUUUUUUUUUCUCUCUACCUUUUCUUUUCCCAAUAAAUACCUAUGGGCUCUUCAUAUUUCUAGGGAUUCCCCCUCUAUGUCCUGUUAGAUGAACUCCUUGUUCUUGAAUGUGAGGAUAUUCCUAGACAAUCCAAAAAAAAUCAUACCUUACCCUGUCUAAACCAGUCAUUUCCAGUCAAGUCUGUUACUCUAGUCAAACCAUCAUCCACAUCAACCUAGGUAACAGAAGAGAUUUAAUCACUGUUCCAGCUCUUGAUAGCGCAGAUCCUCUUGCAUACAAAGCCCUUUCCUAUUCCUGCCCAUUUAUCAAAAUCCAGUCCAUUUCUCAGGGGCUCACUUAAGUCACUCCCUCUAAUGAGACUUAUGGGAUCUUUCCAACAUCUAGCAUGACUAACUAUCCUGGUUUGCCUGGGAUUUGCGAAGACAUGUGACUUUUAGCACUGAAACUAGGAUAUUCCUAGACAAUCCAAAACUGUUAGACAUCCUAUAACACCACACUGGCUCCCCUCAUUGGACAGCCUUGCUGAGACAAAAACACUGUGAAAGCACCAGUAGUCACUACUUCAACAUUUACAAGAUCCUUUUUCCACAAUAAGACGAAUUCUUCUAUUGAUCAGAGACACUUUUAAUUUUCACUUCAUGCAAAAUCUAUUGCUGUACUCAUGGUAAUGCCUACUCAGUGAAUAAGGUGGUUCAGUUUUAAGUUGGCACUAUAUCUAAUGUGUAUUAAUAAUUUAUUUGUCUUUAUUUU